ACAAAAAAGACAAUUCAUUGCUUCGCUAAUCACCAACACUUUCAUCAAACAAAUUAACGCAUCCCCCACCAACAUCAUUCAUUCAUAACGCUUCCAAUUUCACCAUCAAUGUCGGCGACCUCUGACGAUCUGACGAAAAAGGGCGCCGACUCCACUCCUCCGCCGCCCGGCGACGUCGAGGACCAGGCGCCGGCCAUGUCGGGGAUCCUGGCGCGGUGGAGGAGGGAGGAUUUGCUGAUGAGAGGCUCCUUGGCUCUGCGAGGAUUGGGCUUGCUUUUCUCUCUUCUCGCCUUCGUUAUCACCGCCACCAACCAGCACGGCGAUUGGCAAAACUUCGACCGAUACGAAGAGUACCGGUAUGUGUUGGCGAUUGCGGUUUUGUCGGCGCUUUACACGGGUGCCCAGACUGCGAGACAAAUUCACGAACUUUACAGUGGAAAACAGUCGUUUGCGCAGCGCAAUUUGGCCUUAUUUGACUUCAUCGGCGAUCAGAUUACGGCAUACUUGUUGGUAUCGGCGGCAUCAUCUGCAGUGCCUUUGACGAACAACAUGCGAAAAGGAGCAGACAACAUAUUCACAGACUCAUCUGCCGCGGCAAUCAGCAUGGAGUUCUUGGCAUUCUUUGCUUUGGCACUCUCAUCUCUGAUUUCUGGUUACAAGCUCUCAAACAAACCUUCCAUCUAAAGUACCCCAUCCACCCUGCUUGCACACUUGGUCUUUAGGUGCAUUAAUAUUAUGUGUAAAAGUUGUUGUCCAAACAUGUGUAUAGGCAUACAUGCAUGCAUUUUCUUCUCUUGUAAUUUGUUGUUCAAACAUUUGAAUAGGCAUGCAUUUCUCUUUCAUCUUUAAAUAUUGGGAAUCGAAUCAUUUGUCACAGAUACUGAUAAUAUGUUUGUGAAUAUUUUGUAUUUUGCCAA